GCGAGAGGAGGAGGAGAGAGAGAGAGAGAAUAAAAAAAAAAAAAAAGAAAAAAGAAAAACAGCAGACCUUAAAAACUCCCGACAAAUGACUAUUUACCUCGGAUGCAAACGGAGGAUCGUCCGGCUGGCUUCGCCUCGGUCGAUGGUCGCUUCGGAGAAACAAAGAAAUAUCUGUCGGGAUUAACAGAUUUGGAGGAAGGAAGGAAGGGAUUUAUGCGCCAGCUGCGACUAUCCGGAUUACCCUUCGCUGAGAAAGGGAAAACAAGCGACGCUUCGUGGACAUUUUCUCCGUCCGGAGAGGAGGAGAUGACCGCCGGGAAGGAGGAGGAAAAAGUGUGAUUGAAGUUGGGAGGGGAGAGACGGGGCUCCGGCCAGGGUGGAUCAUUUGGAUGUGGCUGCAAAAACUGAUUUGCAAACUUCACAAUCGAUAAUCUCGUUUUUCCAAAAAUCCACACGAGCCGAGGCUGAAUCCGCCGAGAUUAAGCAACACGGAGCGCGUUUGAUUCGAGAGAAGAAGAAGCAGAGGAGCCGCUGUUUUUCUCCUUUUUUGUGCCGAUGCCAGCGGCCGACUGCAGGUUGCUCCAUCAUGGCCGGAUCAUGAGGUGUCUGACUUACCUGCUCCUACUUCCAGAAACGCUGAAAAAGUCCAGAAAGGUCGGCAAGCACCCGGGCAGGCUGCCGGUAUGCUAUGAGAUCCUGAGCCUGUCCCUGACGAGCAAGAAGAAGCAGCAGCAGCAGCAGCAGCAGCAGGACAAGAAGAAGAAGGAGACGACGACGAAGAUGGCUGCGGAGUUGUACCCCGCCGCCAACACCAACACCAACCUGGCCAACGGCACUACGGUAGCCGAGGCCGAGAAGGCGAAGGAGGCGCCGGUCAGUCAGUCCGGCAGCGCCGCGACCACCCCGACCACCCAGCAAAACAUCACCAACAACAACGUGGAGCCACCCAGCUGGCAGUGCAGCCACCCAACACUGAGAGAGAGGAAUGCCUUGAUGUUUAACAAUGAGCUGAUGGCUGAUGUCCACUUCAUUGUCGGCCCACUGGGGGAAUCUCAGAGAGUUCCUGCGCACAAGUAUGUGCUGGCCGUGGGAAGCUCGGUCUUCUGUGCCAUGUUUUAUGGAGAUCUGGCCGAGGAGGAGUCUGAGAUCCAUAUCCCAGAUGUGGAACCUGCUGCUUUUCUAAUUCUGCUGAAGUACAUGUACAGUGAUGAGAUAGACUUAGAGGCAGACACGGUGCUGGCUACCCUGUAUGCCGCCAAGAAGUACAUCGUUCCUGCACUGGCUAAGGCCUGCGUCAACUUCUUGGAGACAAGCCUGGAGGCCAAGAACGCCUGCGUGCUGCUCUCCCAGAGCCGCCUGUUCGAGGAGCCCGAGCUGACUCAGCGCUGCUGGGAGGUGAUCGACGCCCAGGCCGAGCUCGCCCUCCGCUCCGAGGGCUUCUGCGAGAUCGACCUGCAGACGCUGGAGAUCAUCUUGAGGAGGGAGACACUCAACACCAAGGAGGUGGUGGUGUUCGAUGCGGUUAUGAACUGGGCUACAGCGGAGUGCAAGAGGCAAGGCCUGGGGCCGACCACCCGCAACAAGAGAGACGUCCUGGGCAAGGCGCUCUACCUGGUGCGGAUCCCCACCAUGAGCCUGGAGGAAUUCGCAGACGGCGCGGCGCAGUCUGAUAUUCUGACACUGGAGGAGACGCACAAUGUCUUCCUGUGGUACACGGCGGCCAGCAAGCCCAAGCUGGACUUCCCGCUGGUGUCCAGGAAGGGCCUGGCACCGCAGAGGUGUCACCGCUUCCAGUCUUCGGCCUACCGGAGCAACCAGUGGCGCUACCGCGGGCGCUGCGACAGCAUCCAGUUCGCAGUGGACAAGAGGAUCUUUAUCGCCGGUCUGGGGCUGUACGGGUCGAGCGGCGGCAAGGCCGAGUACAGCGUCAAAAUCGAACUGAAGAGACAGGGGGUGACGCUGGCGCAGAACCUGACAAAGUUCAUUUCAGACGGGUCGAGCAGUACGUUUCCGGUGUGGUUCGAGCACCCGGUUCAGGUGGAGCAGGACGCCUUCUACACGGUGAGCGCCGUGCUGGACGGGAACGAGCUCAGCUAUUUUGGCCAGGAGGGCAUGACGGAGGUGCAGUGUGGGAAAGUGACUUUUCAGUUCCAGUGCUCGUCGGACAGCACCAACGGGACUGGCGUGCAGGGAGGACAGAUACCCGAGCUUGUGUUCUAUGCAUAAGCUGCACUACAGUUGUCUGGACCGCUGAGGGAAGAUUCGGUUCAUCCCUGCCUCCCAGCCUUCAAAGUUAUGUAGCAUUAAAAGACACUAGAUUAAUGUCACACUAAAUGGCCUGGUUAAUUCUCUGAGAGACUAUUUUUAAAAAAAGUGAAGGAACCGCUGUUUUAUCUUAUUUAAUUUAAUGUUAUUUUUUAAUUUAAUUAUUGGGUUACACUUAACGUUAUUUGCUCUGAUGCCUGUGUUAAGGGCUGUGGCUGCUGUAGAAACAACAUUAGUACAGCGCUUUGUGGUUAUGUAAUCAAGCUGAGCUCCACAACUGGAACAAGUAGGGACUGCUUCAAUUUGUGUAAUUGCAAGUCUAUACAAUGUUGUCACUCUAGUCUGGGGAGCAAUAUUACAAGAGGAGCAACCCUUUAUGUAUAGUGUUAUGGUUAACAAUGCAGAAAGCAGUACGUUGUAAAAAAGAGGAAAAAAAACAAAGUUGUUUUGCACUUCAGAGGACAGCCUCAGCUCCGUUGUCUUUUGUAAAAUACGAUUUAACUGUUAACAGCUUGAUGCUGUUAAAACCCAGAUCUGUUCUGUACAAGAAUGCUUAUAAAUCUGAUGAAAAAACAUAAAGGUUAUAAUGUGACUGAA